AUGGCGACCGAAGCAUUGCGAGAAGGAGCACGAUUCGGAAAACUGGUAGACAAGCUGCCGGUUAAUAAACCCACGACUUUCUCGAACCUGAUGGGUAUAGCCCAAAAAUACUUCGAGCUAGACGAGGGGCGAAGGGCGAUUCGUGGAAAAGAAGCGAAAGGAAAAGAAUCGAAAGAAAAAUCCAAAGAGAAGUCGAAGUCAAAAUCCGAAGAUAGGAGAGGAAGGCCAGAAGAAAAUAGGCGAUUCGCCCCCCAAACGAGAUACGAACCAAGAUAUGACCCCAGAGACGAUGAAAACAACUUCACACCGUUGAACACCAACCGAACUAUUGUCCUCAUGUGGAUCAAAGAAAACGUCAAAAACAUGUGCAUAGAUUUGAAGGUCGAAAUUGAGAGAAUGAUCGACACAGGUGAAUUAAGGAAAUUCGUGGCCCGUAAAGAGAAAAGCAAUGACAAGGGAGAAAAGAAAAGCAGAGAUGACAAAGCAAAAGAAAAGGAAGACAAACGCACAUCCAAAAUAUUGGGAACCAUACAUAUGAUCAAUGGAGGUGGACACAGCAGCUCAACGAUUAGGAGAAAGCAAAGGAGAGAAGUGAUGAACAUCAGAGAAACUCACAUGCCACCCGUAAUCUUUGAUGUUGAAGAUUAUGAACAUGUCAAAGCACCCCACAACGAUGCCUUGAUAGGGACUACUAUCAUUGAGAAUUGGAAUACGGAGCGAAUCCUAAUCGAUGAAGGAAGCGCAGUGAACCUUAUGACAAACGCGGUGUACAAAAUGCUCGGAGCAACCGCAUCAAGGUUGCGCCGAGUCCCAAUUCCAUUGUCAGGACUCGGUGGCCCCUCCAUCAAUCCGCUAGGAGCAGUUACCCUGGAAGUGAUAAUCGGCCCAGAGAGAGGAAUCAACAAGAAAGUUAUGUCACUAUUUAACAUAGUAGACAUGGAGCUAACAUACAAUGCAAUCCUCGAAAGACCUUUCCUUCAUGACUCAGCUGCGGUGACUAGCAUAAGAGCAUUGGCAAUGAAAAUACCAACCGAGAAAGGAGCAGUGACGCUGAGAGGAGAUCAGAAUAUCGCUAAGAAAUGCUACAACGAGUCCAUAGUAGACCUUCAAGAGAACAAGACCGAGAAGAAGGAAGAAUAG